CUUCAAUUAAGAUAGUUAUGAUUUACAUUAUUAUUAUGAUUUUAGAGCUAAUUAAUAUAAAUUAUGAAAAAAACUUAAGGAAAUGACUUUAGGGUGAGAGAUAGCAAAUCAAAAUUAAAGAAGGCAGGAGAACAAUUAGCAUCAUUAUAAUAUAGUAUAAAGUGUAAAUCUUACACUCCGUAACACAGAUCAAUAAAAUAAUUAACUCAUUAUCCUUUAAGAACUUAGGGGAAUUAAGAUGGAAAUCCUUUAGUUUAACCUCGAAAUGUAUUUCAGCGACAGACUAGUAUAAAUUGUCAAUAAAGGCCUUCAUUAUUGUCAGUGAUAACUUCUGAAAGUAAUGCAAGUGCUGAUGAGGAAUAUGAAAUUUGGGAUAAUAAUUAAGAUUUGCGAGUGAAGAAAAUGACAAUGGAAGAAUCGAAACCUUCUGUUGGAUAAUUUUUAUAAUUGUACAAAGCAAGAUUUGGGUAUGAUAUAUUGAAAUGGAAGAGGUUUUCCAGGAGACAAACAAUGUAUCAAGAAUGAAGAAGUUAUUAAAGCCGCUGUUGGAUAUGCUUCCACUAAUAAAUAGCUUUUUAGAAAAUACUUUCCUUCAAAAUAAAUAGUAUUUGAAGAUGACAACGAUUAUUCGUAACCAUAUAAUAUAGAGGACGAUCAUCAUUUUUAAAGUUUCAAUAAUUUUUUUAAAAAUAAGAAGUCCCACACUAUUCUUAAAAUUAAUUCAUCACGUAUUUGA